CCAAUGUCACAAGAAAAUGCAGAGUUUUCCACAGAGAUUGUGGAGAGGGGUGUUGAGAACUCUGGCCCAAAUGCUGGUUCUCUUUCUUUCUCAGUGAGAGUUCGGCCAAGACUCCCAGAUUUCCUGAGUUCUGUCAAUCUAAAAUAUGUUAAAUUGGGUUAUGGCUACCUCAUUAGCCAUCGCUUGUACUUAUUGCUAGCUCCACCUCUCCUUGCAGCCUUGAUCACUCGUUUUGGAAAGCUCACUUGGGAAGACCUCUGUGACAACUGUGGCCUCACAGAGGCUCUAUUUAUAUCAGGACUAUUGUGCCUCAUGCUAUAUUUUUAUAUUGAUUCAACACCUCGCUCUACCUAUUUGCUUGACUUUUCAUGCUUUCGCCCUUCAAAUGAAUACAAGAUAUCUAAGGCAGAGUUCAUUGAGUUAGCUAAGAAGUCUGGGAAUUUCAAUGACACUGCAAUUGAGAUUCAGGAACGAGUUCUUAAGAAAUCUGGCAUAGGUGAUGAGACUUACAUGCCAAAAGGUGUUUUUCGCCCUGGUUACAGAACCUCACUCAAGGAUGGCCGGCAAGAAGCAUCCAUGGUGAUGUUUGGUGCAGUGAAGGACCUUCUUGCUGCAACAAAAGUAAAACCAAAGGAUAUCAGGAUCCUCAUAGUAAACUGUGGAAUACUAAACACCACCCCAUCACUCUCAUCAAUGAUCAUAAACCAUUUCAAGAUGAGGCAUGACAUUCAGAGCUUUAACCUUGGCGGGAUGGGCUGUGCUGCUGGAAUCACAGCCAUUGAUCUAGCUAAAGACCUCCUAGAUGCCUAUCCAAGCUCUUAUGCUCUUGUAGUGAGCACAGAAGCUGUGAGCUACACAUGGUACAGUGGCAAUGACACUGACAUGCUACUCCCCAAUUGCUUCUUCAGAAUGGGGGCUGCCGCCAUCAUGCUCUCUAAUUUCCGCCUAGAUAGAUGGCGUGCCAAAUAUGAACUCAAACAGCUGGUUCGAACUCACAAAGGAAUGGACAACAAAAGCUACCAAAGCAUACGACUAAAGGAAGACAGUGAAGGAAGGAAGGGAAUUUCCGUGAGCAAAGAUGUGAUUGAAGUUGGAGGCAAUGCACUGAAGGAUAACAUCACCACACUUGGCCCUCUGGUUCUGCCAGUUUCAGAGCAGUUUCACUUCUUCACCAACUUGGUAUUCAGAAGGAAGAAAACGAAGCCAUACAUUCCAGAUUACAAGCUUGCAUUCGAGCAUGUGUGUAUUGUGGCAACGAGCAAGAAGGUGCUGGAUGAGGUGCAGAAGAAUCUGGAGCUGAUGGAGGAGUACAUGGAAGCAUCGAGGAAGACGCUGGAGCGGUUUGGCAACACUUCGAGCAGUAGCAACUGGUAUGAGCUUGCGUAUCUUGAGUUUGAAGAAAGGGUCAAGAAGGGUGAUCGGGUUUGUCAGAUAGCUGCUGGGUCUGGUUUCAUGUGUAACAGUGUUGUUUGGAAGGCGCUUAAGAAUGUUGGGAGACCAAACCAGAGUCCUUGGAUUCAAGAGGAUAAUGAGUCCUAAACCAUGCACCUUGCUUAGGAAACAACCUUAUUGGGAUUCCACAUGUGUCCACAUUAUGAACAAUGUAGGAAAAAAAACAUAAAU